AUGAUUGAAGACAAAGCUGGGUGGGGACUAGUCCCUGGGCUGCAGGCGCUGCUGCUACACAUACACACAACGGCUGCCGCUCAGUGGGCAGCUCCUACUACUGCGGGGCUGGGCUGGGCGGGCUGCGCCGGAGCUCGCCUGCACUCAGCGGCGCGGAGGGCGGAGGAAAGCCACUCUCCUCGGACCAGCCUCGGGAGCCAAGCCAGUGAGCCUCAGGCUUUGGGAAGUGAAGAGGUCUUCCCUGGUGGCUCAGACAGUAAGGAAUCCACCUGCAAUACAGGAGACCUGGAUUCGAUCUCUGGGUUGGGAGGAUCCCCUGGAGAAGGAAAUGCUGUGUCCAAGGCAGCUGCAGAUUUGAUGGCCUACUGUGAAGCGCAUGCCAAGGAAGAUCCCCUCCUGACACCUGUUCCGGCUUCAGAAAACCCAUUUAGGGAGAAGAAGUUUUUCUGUGCUAUCCUUUAA